AUGAGUGUCCCCAUGUUAAAGAUAGGAGCGGUGCUGAGCACCAUGGCCAUGGUCACUAACUGGAUGUCCCAGACACUGCCCUCUCUAGUGGGGCUCAACGCCACCAGUCCUGACGGGAACCACCAGAGGAUCAUCAGCGCGUUGUAUCCGGGUCCAGAUGAAGGCUGGCAGGUGUACAGCUCGGCAUCGGACCCUGAUGGGAAGUGUGUGUGUACAGUGGUUGCUCCCGCUCAGAACCUCUGCAAACGAGACCCCCGCAGCCGUCAGCUACGCCUACUCACAGAACAGGUGCAGAACGUGAGUCAGUCUAUGGAGGUGAUGGAUCUGAGUACGUCUAGAGACCUGCAGUACGUCAGAGAUACUGAACCACUACUGAGAGGAGUAGACGGACACAUACACACCUACACCACCAACCCACGCAGACUCACUAAGAAGGGCCUGCAGGAGUUGAAGGGUCAGAUGUCUCAGCUGCGCCCCCUGUUGUCGGUGAUUGACCAGUACAGGUUAGACCUCCAGACCCUGGCCGUGCUCCGAGCGGAGGUCCUUAACCUGUCAAUCAUCCUGACAGCCAUUCAGGAGGAGGUGGGGGCCUACGACUAUGAAGAACUACAACAGAGAGUGCUACUGCUGGAGACUAGGCUGCACGCCUGUAUGAACAAACUGGGCUGUGGGCGAUUAACAGGGGUGAGCAUCCCUAUCACUGUUAGAGCGUCGGGCUCCCGCUUCGGAUGCUGGAUGACUGACGCCAUGAUACCCAGCUCCGACAGCAGGGUGUGGUCUAUGGAUGGUUACUAUAAGGGGAGGCGUGUAUUAGAGUACAGGACCAUGGGAGACUUCACUAGAGGACAGAAUUUUGUUCAGCACCUCUUACCUCACCCCUGGGCCGGGACAGGUCAUGUGGUCUACAACGGGUCACUGUAUUACAACAAACACCAGAGCAACAUACUGGUGCAGUACCACUUCCGAUCCCGUAACGUGGUGCUCCAGAGGAGUCUGAGUGGAGCAGGUUACAACAACACCUUCCCCUACAGCUGGGGGGGGUCUUCUGACAUAGACCUGAUGGCUGAUGAGACCGGCUUCUGGGCAGUCUACACCUCCAUACCUAACGCUGGGAACAUACUGGUCAGUCGGUUGGAUCCUCGUUCUCUCGACAUUCUCCAGAGUUGGGACACAGGGUUUCCUAAACGCAGUGCAGGGGAGACCUUCAUGAUCUGUGGUACCCUGUACGUCACCAACUCCCAUCUGGCCGGAGCUAAGGUCCACUUUGCUUACCACACCAACUCCUCCAGCUAUGAGUACACAGACAUCCCCUUCCACAACCAGUACUCUCACAUCUCCAUGAUGGACUACAACCCCAGAGAGAGGGCCCUCUACACAUGGAACAAUGGACAUCAGGUCAUCUAUAACGUGACCCUGUUUCAUGUUAUACAGAGCGAUGGAUAGAGGAGGAGAGGAGGGGAGGAGGGAGAGGAGAGGAGAGAGACUGACGGACUAUAUCUCUAUACAGAGAGAGGAGGAGGAGGAGGAGUGGGAGGGGAGUGGGUGAGAGACUGAUGACUAUAUCUUGAGAGGAAGAAGAGGAGGGGAGGAGGAGAAGGAGGACUGAUGGACUAUCUAUAGAGAGAGAGGAGGAGAAGGAGGACUGAUGGACUUUAUCUCUAGAGAG